UCACGUGACACGGCAUUCCGCACCGGGACUUGAACGCGUCCUGACGUCUGCUGUCGCUCUCCUGCGCAACAUGCCACUAAGGGGAGCCCUAUAAUACCUAAUGGAUGAAUACAAAUAAAUGCAUACGGAGAAACCAGGACGUAAUCAGUGUCACUUGUAUAGAAGGAAAAGGAUUUUAUUAUUUUCGGAUUGCGCACUGACCUGCUUCCAUCCGCGACUCACUGCGCUAGGCUAUUAUAUCGCGUUACUUCCAAGUGAAAUUUCUGGAUUGGAAACAUGAAGAAGUCAAACUUGUGUUUCCAGCUCGUCGCCUGUUCGUUGAUUUUAGGGUUCGUCCGGGCUGUGACGUUGGAGUUGAGAGAGGGAAACUCCACCUGUAUCAAGGCUGAUCUCUCCGCCUCUUUCUCCAUCACCUACAACACAACUAACACCUUGACCACAGUAAAGGUGGAUCUCCCGGACUCUACUACGGUGGAUCAGGGCAGCAGUUCAUGUGGCAGCGACGGGCGGCCGGUGUCGCUGGUGGGCGUGUUUGGGCCAGGCCACACCCUCGGACUCUCCUUCUCUAACAAUGGGAGCAUGUACAGUGUGAACAUGCUGAUCAUACAGUACAACCUGAGUGACAGCGCUCUGUUCCCCCUCUCUAACAGCUCAGGCGUUGUCACGGUGAUGACGGAAUCUGUGGGGAUGUGGGCAUGGCUCAACACCACCUACCGCUGUGUAAGCCCCGCUUCCAUCCCAGUGGGAGGGGCAAUAGUGACCUUCUCUGGGGUUAAGAUGGAGGCGUACAUGACCCAAGAAGACUUAAGCCCCGUUGAGAGUGUCUGUACUGCUGACCAAGAGGGUACCACGGCAGCGCCUACAACACCCAGCCCCACCACAACGCCAGUGCCGUCACCCACCCCGCAAGACCUCCCUGAACAGGGAACCUACGCUGUUACCAAGGGCAACGACACCUGCCUGAUGGCCAGGAUGGGACUGCAGCUUAACAUCACCUACACCUCUCAGUCCAAGAACAAUACGGUCCAGGAAGUAGUGAACAUCCACCCCAACCUGACGACGGCUUCGGGCACGUGUGGAGCCAGCAUCUCCACCCUGGUCCUGGACCAUGAGGGAAACACAAUCAUCUCGUUCACCUUCACUCUGAACACCACCUCCAACAAGUACCACCUCAGCGGCCUCGUGCUGGUGGCCAACUGGUCCGACAUGAGUGAACCAGUGUCGGUGAGCAACAGCAACCUGGCCUACCUGACCAGCGUCUUGGGCCGGUCUUACUCGUGUAACUCGGAGCAAAGUCUGAUCAUCACAGAGGCGGUCUCCAUUAAUACCUUCAGACUGCAGGUGCAGCCGUUUGCUGUGAUCAGCAAUCAGUUCGCUACAGCGGUAGAGUGCCAAAUAGACCAGGACCAGAUGUUGAUCCCCAUCGUGGUGGGAGCCGCCCUGUCCGGUCUGGUGCUUGUGGUCCUCAUAGCCUACCUGAUCGGCAGGAAGAGGAGCAACGCAGGAUACCAAACCAUCUGAUCGACCUCGCCCACGUCUCACCUGACUGACAACGCCAACCUCUCACCUGCUUGGCCGUGGCCACCUACGACCUGACAGACCACACCAACCUCUGACUGCCCAGACCAUCUCUCAACACACCAACCACCACCCCCCCCCCCUCACCCGCCCACCCUUCACUGGAACGACCAGGUCCAUCUCUCAUCCAAUACCUACACCACACCUACCUCUAACCUGCUAGACCACGCCCCCACAACUGACAGUCCAUGGCCCCCUCUAACCUGAAAGACCCGCCCCUUUCACAUGCUAGAUUAUACCCAACCCUCACCUGAUGGGAAACUCCCCUUAUAGGCCACACAGCUUAUAUGACACUGCCUCGUCUGGCCUGGAGGACCAUGCCCUCAAAUACGGCAGGCCACGCCUUCCUAGAGAUAUGCCCCAUUGUUCCAGACAUGUCCAUUUCACUUGGCAGACCACGCCCCUCUGUGUGACAGUUUGAAAAUGAAUGAGUGAAAGGUUGUUAAAAGAGUGAAAUUAAUCUAGGAUGCAUUGCGCUGUUUGCGUGUGUGAAGCUGUUUUUUCAUUAUUUGAUGUUAAAUUUUACUCCAUGUUCAUGGAUGUUGAAGUGAAAUCCGAUUAUGGACACUGUAUUAUUCAUUCUAGUUUAGAGUCUCCUGUACUCCUGCUUGGAUGUGUUUGGGUGUUUUGUUGUUAUUUAAUAAUUAUGUAAGUAGACUUUAGGUAUAUGAUACUGCUGGGGAAAGAUAAUCACCUUGAUGCAUAAACAUCCGAGAAUUCAACGGCUCAUCCACUUUCCUUGUGGCCAAAGUACAUAACACAAGGUAUUUUCCUAUAAGCGUGCUGGUUUCAGUUGCCCUGGGUUUAUCAUUUAUAUCUGCUUGGACAAACAAGAAGUACCAUGGAAAGAGAAUUGACAGACUGUCCUUUUAUUCCUGCACCAUGAGAGGUGAACAUGUGGAACAGAGUUCUCUAUACUACUUCCUGUUUGAUAUGAAAUGUUCAGUGUUCGUUAUUUUUAUAGAAAAUACUUUUAAUCGUUUUGUAGACUUUUGCAUCCUCCUGAAGUCAAUUAAAGCUUUUAUCUGAUUAAAAAAUG